GAGUUAACGCUCUCUGUACGUUUAAGAUUAUCCCUAGACGCUUGAUACUUGGUAUAUCGUAUCAGAACGAUGCAUCCAAUUAGCGUCGCAGUCUUUGCUCUCGUUUGCUGUUAUAUUGCACCAUGUAUGGUAGCGGAAGAAAAUACCUUAUCAUUGGACGAGAAUCCUUCUUCUUCGAUUUUCGAUCAGUCAAUUUUGCAAGUGGAAAAUGAUGGAUAUUCAGGGUCUAAUACGCUAAAUAGGCAAAAAAGGACACUUUUGUUGAAGAAAAAGCUUAUCGGUGCAGGACUUUUAGGUUUUGGACUAGGUAUUGCAAAAGGGUACAAAGCUGGUCAUUAUAAUGCUCCACAAGUUCAUCACGUAUACCUCUCACCUCCUCCAGCAGCCGUGAAAUACGUGGAAUACGUUGAAAAACCUAUUUUCGUUGAAAGGAUAAUCGAAAGGCCAAGUUCAGUGUUUAAACCGAUCCAUGCCGAAUACAAAGAUCCUUUACCUUACGGGUAA